UAACUCUUCAAAAUCCAAGAAGCAAAUAGUUAAUAUUAGAGAAUCUAUCGAAUAAUUGGUUAUAGUAUAGUAACCAUCGAUCAUGAAAAUUCAUUAAAACUAAUUAGCGUUCUGAUUACAGUUUCAACUUUCAACAUUGAAAUAUAAUCCUGUUCGAAUUUUUAGUUAAUUUAAAAUUUUUUUCUUCUUAUAAACAAGAGUGAAUUUUGUAAAAUAUUUUCACUUUCCAUUCCUUGAUCUCUUUGGUAAAAAAACCUUUUCACUUAGAAUCCAACUGCCUAAAGUCAUAACUUCUCGGAUCUAGAAGGCAAUACUUACAAAGUUUAGGCAGUUGUUGAAUUUAAUGUUAUGCUGUGUGAUUCUGUAGAUAGUUAGCUACGUUGUUGGAAUUUUAUAGUUUUACAAAUCCUUCAUCAUAAAUGUCUUUCGAUUGUAUAUAGGGUUAAUUUAUGUGUUUACUUCCAUUGAUACAUUGCAUCAUAUGAUCAAAACAAUUUACCAAACCUGCCUUGGUGGAUCUACAAAGGCAAUAAUUCAAUAUGUUCACAUGAUUCACCGUCUGGUUUUUGAUGUUAUAGCGUAUUUGUUCUAUUUGGCUCAUGAAUUGGUUCCUUUUUACUUCGCAAGUCACCUGUUCUUAUUUAUUUCUAAAAAAAAAGUUUUAUUCCUAGGAAAUAAUGGAAAAAAAAAAUGUUGGACUUUCAUUUUGAGGCCCAUUGGGUAUAUAUCAUCUCACCCAAUUACCCGGGAAGAAAGAAAAAGCAGAGGAAUCGCUAUGAAGAGGGUUAAGAGGGAGAACGAUCCACAGAUACGAGACGACAACACAUCCAUGGCUGAUCUUCCUCGAGAUCUGAUCGAAAAGAUUCUUUUGAAGUUGCCGGCUAAAUCCGUACCGAAGCUCAUCGUCGUCUCGAAGCUCUGGUCUUCUAUCAUCCGCAGCAAACAUUUCAUCGAUCUCUACCUGGAACGAUCUCUAACUCGUCCGCGUUCUCUCUUUUUAGUCGAACGUAACAGCAACCUGUUCUUUUACUCAAUCUCUCAGGGAGAGGCAGCAACGUCUUCUUGCACCACUAUGCCAUCAAGCUUUCCUAUGAGACUUAAUCGGUGGGUCUUGUCAGAAGGUAACUACAUUACUCCACAUGUACGCGGCUUGAUCUGCUUUCAAGAUUCGUAUAAGAUGGUGGUUUCGAAUCCUAGCACGGGCCAGUUCUUGGUUUUACCAAAACUCAACACUAGGAGAAAAGAAGGGAUAUCAAGAUUUUUCGGAUACGAUCCGAUCGGAGAUGAAUACAAAGUCUUGUGCAUGACGGUAUUGCAAAUUUCUUACAAAGGUGAACCGGUUGUGAGCGAGGAGCAUCAAGUUUUCACUUUAUAUGGAGGAGCUCAGAAGAAGAAGAAAGAAGCAGCUACAUGGAGAAUGAUCAAAUGUAAGGUUCCGCAUUGUCCUGUAACCAAAGGGCUAUGGAUGACGAACGGGGUUAUUUAUUACGGAGCUUGGUCCAAUACUGAUAAAGAUACACGAGGAUCACUAGUUGUUCGCUUUGAUGUGAGAUCGGAAGAGUUUACUCUUGUUAAAAUACCCGACGGUGUCCAAGUUCUUGACACUGAUUCUGCAUUGGUCAACUACCAGGGGAAGGUGGCCUUUUUGAAUUACUCACAUAAUGGUAACUUUGAUCUGCGGGUUUUGGAUGAUGUCGUCAAACAAGAAUGGUCAAAGGCCUCUGUCGUGGUUCCUUCUUGGAGGGAUUUGGUUGAGUUACUUGAGUGUCACUUCUUGUGUUGCAGAGGUAUCACUAGUUCGGGCGAACUCAUAUUCUCAAGAAAAUCCUUACAUUCGGAUGGCCGGUUCUUUAUUGUCAGUUACGAUCCCAAGAAUGACGUCGCCAGAAGAGCUGAGAUUGAAGGAUUUAGAGAUGGGUUGGAAUAUGUGAUAGUCUUAUUGGAUUAUACAGAGUGUCCUAUAAUUCUCUAAAGAAACUCUAUUUGUAUA